GUUGUCGUCAGUGCGCAGGCGCUGUCCGCUGGGCCUGCGGGAUGUGGAGCAGUCGCUGACCGCCCGCCCUGAUGUUGCCGUGUCCGUGUCCGCCCGGGUUGUCGUCCGUGUGGCCGGGUUAUUAGUGCGGCGCGACUCGGCUGCUGCUGCUGCUGGAGCCGGACCUCGAGCUGUCCGUGUGGAGUUUGCAGGUUCUCCCUGUGACCGCGUUGCUCCAGUUUCCUGGUGUGAAGGUUGCUACAAGGGAAAUUAAUGGCUCAGAAACAAGCAUUGCUGGCUGUUCAUCAAUCCCUGGAGAAAAGCUUCAAGGCCAUUGAGAAGCAACAAAGUUUGUGGGACAGUACGUUGUUGGAAUGCACUCAUCUCCUGAGCUCCUCGAGUAAUCUGGCCGAGCAACUCCGGGCAUGCAACAACGUUGACUUCAAGACGACACCCUUUCGAGAGUUUCCUGAUCUGAAACACCGCCUCAAGUACAAACUUACCCAGGCAAUGGAAAUCAAUUUGGAAAAACUUGAAGAGAAAAUGAACGUUCUACAGAGGGUGCGAGACACGACAAGUAACCAAGUGGCAACGUGCUUCCAAAUGUAUGAGCUACAUGCUGACACAAUUGGUUUAACUUCAGUACUUGAGCACUCCAGUCUCUACCCUUCUGUGGCAGAUAUGCUGGAAUGGCUUCAGGACAUCGAACGGUUUUACCAAAGCCAGUAUCUUGACAGGAAAAUUUUGCUUCAGAACAUCAACUGUGAUAAUCUGCAAAAUAUUCAAGCUCUCCCACAAUCCUGGAACAGAGUGUCAGAACAGAUGGAUCAAGACUUGAUUCAAGAUACUCUGCUCAGGGUGGCAUUCUUCCUGGAGUCUCGCCAAGGAUCCUAAUAGCUGCUCCUGUUCACUGGAACCCCUGGUUUAGUUUUCUCCUUAAUGCCAAAAGAAGUGCCUUGUCGUGUGCCGAAGCAAAAGGUGGCCGUCAGAUUGAUUUUUACAUGCUCUAUCUUAUCCCGAAUGAGGUUUAAUUGAGCCUCGACUGCAAGCAUAGUUUGUACUUUACCUUGCCUUGAGAAUCUGUUUGUCAUAUCCCUGUCUUAGUGUACCCCACUGUCUAGUACUUCCCCAUCUCCUAGUCCUGCAGCAACCACUAAGGCAAUGGGUAUACAUAUCAAUAAUGCCAUGUGGGUGGAGAUAUUUUAAAUGGAAAAUUGUUCUAGUCCUUGCUGCUCCACUGGCCAUGUAUUGCAAUUCAAAUGUCCACUGGAACAUAGAUUAAAGACCAAUUUACCCAGAAUAAAAAAAACAGCACGAAAGCCUUCACCAUCCAGCCAGCCAUUUCAGGAAGACUAACCACUGUCUAUACUGUAAGCACAAGCUCAUUAUCCAGAUUGAACAAUAUAAGGCAUUCAUCCAGUGUUUGGAAGAAGUUCCUCAUCAGUGGCAUCACAUCAGUCCCUGGCUACAACUUUCCUCAAAGAUGGUGGACAACCCUCAAAACAGAAUUUCCUCGGGUCAAGGGAAAAUGUGGCCACCUGCUCCACCAAUACUUGAGCCCAUGUGCAAAUGUGGUGGUAAUCUCAAACUCUGGAAUAGAUCCACCCACCCAGAAAGAUCUGGUUCAGGGCCCCCCCUUGUUUUCCACUGGGGCUCAAUCCUUCAGUCACGAGGAUUGGAAGGAGAAAGAGGAGGGCAGACCAUUGGCAGAAUGAAAGUUCCCGGUGGCCUCCGCAGAGCUGUGCAAGAGUGGACCUGGCGGCUGCAGAAAAUGAAGACUCAGCGGGCCGUCUGUGGCCUUGUGCGGCGACUGGCCUAGGCUCGCUGCUGCAAAAAAGUGUUGCUGCCAGCAGGGGGAAGCUUAAAAGCCUUGAAGACCAGAGGGUCGAGGAGGAAACUACUAGCGACAGCAGUAGGAGAGGGACUUCAAGGUAGGCAGCAGGAGGUGCCCCAGGGACACAGGCGGUCGGGCAAGGAGAGGGACUUCAGGUUGUGGGCCUGCAGCAGCCUGGAGCUGACCCGGAUCGGGGAACUCCAGUGCUCUCAACAUGUGGACUGGACUUUGUACUUUUUCUUUGUAAAGGGUGCCAGAAUAUGGUAAUUGUGUAUUUGUGGGUGGUGCAAAAGAAUUUCACUGUGCUGUGCAUAUGUGACAAUAAAGACCCAUUGGACAAUGCAGGGAUUCCUCUUUGGUAAGCUCACUGCAAUAUGCUAGUAAGUGAACCCAUAACUAACUGGCUUUACAAAAAUUAAAUUACAUUUACUGCAUAUACAAUCAUCCACACUUCCUUGUCCUCUAGGAAAUAUUUGUAGAAUGGAACUGUUCUGCGAGCCAGUGGAGACUUAAUGAUCUCAAUGGCCUUCUUUUGAGAGAAAUAUGAAUACAAAACUAUUUGGCUUGGGGUUGACACUGGGCAUCCAGAGAGACUUAUACAAAAUAAGGUUAGAAACCCCACCAGCAGAAGGAGGGGGUGCAGAAGAGGUUUACCAGAAUGCUGCUAGAUUAGAGGAUAUUGGCAUUUGGGUUAUGGAGGCAGAUAGUUAGAUAGACACAUGGAUAUACAUGGAGGGAUAUGAACCACCUGCAGGCAGAGAUUAGUUUAUAUUGGCAUCAUGUUCGGCACAGACUUUGUGGGCGGAAGGGUCUGUACCUGUGCUGUACUUCUCUAUCUUCUGUAAUAGACUCGGGGUACUUUUAAGCCUAGUUGGUAGCAUCCUGUUAGAAGGUUGUAAAAUCUAAUUUUUAUGGGAAAAGGACACAAAGCGCUGGAGUCACUCAGCGGGUCGGGCAGCAUCUAUGGAGAACAUAGAUAGGAGACAUUUCAGGUCAGGACUACAGUCUCAAACUAACAAUGCAACACCAAGGAAAUUCUACAGCUAGACGUUGUCCUUUAAAAGGCACACAGCCAUCGGUCCUCGAUACAUUCUUGAUUUCUUUGUGGGACCGAAUUGCCUCCAUUUGGCUGAGCACGAAGGAUAUCUUGGGGGGGAAAAAUAUAUGGAAGACAAUCUAGUGGGUUGUAUGUCCAUAAGAAGUAAGUCAUCUUUCCUGUGUUUUAAUCGAUAGAAUGUUCGGCUCCAACAGGUCGAUGGAUCUGACCCUUUGAGAUUUCUCUAUGUGUUGCGUGAAAUUAGGUUUGUACACCCAAGUACAGUUAAUGAAAACACAUUUGCUCUUUUGAACCAGCAGAAAGCCAUGAAUCUCAUUCCACUGCAACAAUUAAAUUAAAUGGGUUUGCUUGCCUAAAUUAUUAGUGUGCUAUGUUGACAGGGUUUUCAAAAUCAAAUUUUCCUCUGCUUUGGCAAGUUGCCCCAAGAGUUCUGUAUUGAAUGUCACUCAUAAUGAAUUAAAAUAAGCCAUGGGGAAUUUGUGGCUGGACAUUUUGGAUAUAUUUAUGUCUAAUAAAUUCUCAGUGCAGGCUGUUA